GGUAAAGGCGGUGGAAAGGGCAGUUCGGAGAUCAAGAAGCAAAGGUGAAGGAGGAUACAGAAGUAUAGUGGAGGGGAAACAGGAAGCGGAGCAGGUUUACACAAAUAGACGAUAGGCAGAAUCAACAUUUCUUCCUUUCUCUCUCCCUGGGACGGACUGCGUGACGGUCGGGUCGCUGUUUCCAAGGUGAUAGCGGCGGUGGGAGAGGAAAAUGUCUCUGUUCGGAAAGAAGAAGACGGCGGAAGAUAUAAUAAAAGAACAGAACAGAGAGUUGAGGGGCACUCAACGUUCUAUAGCCAGAGAUAGAGCGGGCUUAGAGAAACAAGAAAAACAGCUGGAAAUGGAAAUCAAGAAAAUGGCCAAGACUGGCAACAAAGAUGCUUGCAAGGUUCUUGCAAAACAACUCGUGCAGUUGCGGAAACAGAAGACCCGUACAUAUGCUGUGAGUUCGAAGGUCACUUCUAUGUCCACCCAGGCUAAAUUAAUGAAUUCUCAGAUGAAGAUGGCUGGUGCCAUGGCCACCACAACAAAGACCAUGCAAACUGUGAACAAGAAAAUGGACCCACAAAAGACCUUACAAACUAUGAAGAAUUUCCAGAAAGAAAACAUGAAAAUGGAAAUGACAGAAGAAAUGAUGAAUGAUACAUUAGAUGACAUUUUUGAUGAGUCUGGAGAUGAAGAGGAAAGCCAAGAUAUUGUGAACCAGGUGUUGGAUGAAAUAGGAAUUGAGAUUUCUGGAAAGAUGGCUAAUGCUCCAUCAGCAGCGAAAGGUCUACCCACAGCAUCCACAUCUAAAUCUCAAAUCUCGGAUGAAGAAAUUGAACGGCAGCUGAAAGCUUUGGGAGUGGACUAGUUGAUCUGGCAGUAAUUGGGGGAGGAGGAAAUCCUUGAUCAUAUGUGAACAAUGCCUUUUACCUUGACUACAUGGAUCUACCUGAAAGGCACCAUUAGAUAAAUAAUGGCAGCAUGCUGGAUUUUCUUCUGUAACUUUAACAAAAAUACUUAUUUACAAGGCCGGAAUUUAAAGCCACACUCUGCCAAAUACCAUAACCUAUUGCUGCUUUAAAACUAAUGUCUUGAUUUUUGAAGUGGAAAUUAAGUGUGUAUGGUUAGUAAUGUCUUUUAGUGAUUGACAGAUGUAUAUCAAGCACGGUGCAUUUGUUUGGUUCUACUUGUAAAAUGAACCAUUUGUUAUGGUAUCUGACUAAAAUGAAGAUGGUGUUUGCCAAUUUGAAUAUUUGAGUGACAGUUUAUUACAAGCUACAUUAAGAUCUAAUUUAUGAAAGUUGCUGUUCUUGGGUUGAUGUGUGGUGGUAGAAUAUGCACAAUGCAAAAAUCAGCAUUGUCACUCAAUUUGGAUUUUGAUUUUCUUUUUGUGGUUUGAAAACUAGUGACACAAGACUCUCUUUUGUGGGCAGUCUCCAACUCUGAUUUCUGGGGCUUCAUGCUGAAUAUAGAAUAACAAAGCUUUAGUAAACCCAUGUUACAAAAUUCUAACGGAACAAAGAACAUGUCCUUGCCACUUUAUAAACAAGGCUAACUUCAUUAAUCAGGGAAUAGAGUGUUGUGUGGUCUCCCUAGCAUUUUACAUUGUCGCUACCCUUUUUUUGCAUCUAUAGAUGCACAUAGCGUACAGCAGAAUUACUCAGCUGGCAGAGUAAUUUUAGCUUUAUUGGUUGAGUCUUACAUUCUACAGCUGGGAGACUAAGCCUGUAUCUAUGGUGUAUAACAGCAAGCUAUGUAAUUACCUGAAGCUCGUUGCAAAAUAUUCACAUUAACACUUCACAACAUCUUUGAGGUUAAUGGAUGUAAAUACUUUGCUAUAGUAUAAAUAGUAAAGAAAGACUUAUUAAAUUUGUAUAAACCAUUCCUUGGCAAUAAAUACUGUGGAUGUGGGGAAAUCUGAAAUAGAUACAAAGUACUGCAAAUAUUCAGCAGGUCUGACAUUGAGGCGGUGAUGGUUUCAUGAUAAUGUCACUGAACAAGCAAUCCAAAACGCCAGGUGGUUGUUCUGGUGACAAAGUUUCAAAUCCUACCAUGGCAUAUGGUAAAAUUUUUAUUUUUAAGAUAAAAGCUAAGCUAAUGACAACCCCAUAGCCACCACACAUUUUUUGUUUUUUUAAAUAGCUAGUUUUAGGGAAAGAAAUCUGUCAGCCCUACUGGUUUGACCUACAUGUGAUUCCAGAUCUAUAGCAACGUGGUUGAAACUUAACUGCCUCUGCGCAAUAAAUGCAACACCAACAUCCCAUGAAUGAAUUAAACAAAAGCUGUGUUGGAAGCCUUUGACUCCCUGUGCUCAUGUACUUUGAUUAGGUUCAAAACUUAUCUGUUGUAUAAAUCUGUAAAUAUGUCAAUAUUGUAUACACUAUUAUUCAUCGUGCUUUGUUUCUUCCCGAAAAAAAAUUUCUAGCAAGUCCUUGCUUCAAAGGUGCCAGUUAUCACUUGAAACUAACUUGGUUGAAACCAAGAUAGUAGGAGCUGCUGAUGUGGGAGAAUCUGAGAUAGCACGUUGAGAAGCUGGGUGAACACAGCAGGCCAAGCAGCAUCACAGGAGCAGGAAAGUUUGACAUUUCGGGUCUCAUCCAGCUUCACACCGUGUUAUUUUUGGUUGAAACCAAGCUUUGUUGGGACAACAAAUUAUUUGUGAACACUAGUUUUGUUUGCAGGUCUAUAGGGUUAUUUUCACUUCUGGAUUUAUUCUUGGAAGUAAUUUGAAACUUGAUUUACAUUUCUGAUGUAAGUGAUAGUAUUAACUUUCACUUAACCAAAUCCUUUGUGUUUUUCCUUUUGCUGUAAUAAUGCAUUGUAGGGUAUCCUUUCAAGGAGGAUAACAAUGCUGUAUAAAGUAUACGUAAAUUCCAUUCCUUGUAAAGGAGAUAACUGGCGCCGUAAUUCUAUAACCUGUCAUACUGUUUAGAUGAAAAUAAUUCAGAAUCAAUAUUUUCUCAAGUGCCUACUAUUACAUGUAUAGAUAAUCGUCUUCUCUGACAUUAUAACAAUAAUACCACCUUUUUCUUUCAGGGAUACAGCAGAAUUAAUAGUUUUCUUCAUGGCUUAUUUAAGUUAGCAACUCAUUUAAUAAAAGAACAAAGGCCUAUGUUUUGUAACAUUUAGGGGAGUAUGGACAUAAUAUCUAUGCUACUGAAUUUUUUCCAAGUUCAUUCAAGCUAAAAGUUGAGUAUAACAAAAUCUGUUGCAAAUUAUAUACCACAACUGUUGGAAAGUGGUGAAGGCAAAUACUCUCAAUUAAAGCCUUAGACAUUUUGCUUUAAGAUUGUUCAAGUAGUGUUUGGUGUCUUUUUAUUAAUUCUACAUUUUUCUUAAGUGAUCAAAGAAGUUUUAUUGGGAUAGUGGUAACUAAUAAGCUUAACUAAAAUAUUUUUAGAUAUUUGAAAUUGAGUAAUUGAAAAGUAAUUUUUAAUUCUGAUUUUGCAUGAAAAUGACAGGUUAAAAUUUAUUACUAUAAGUUUGUAAGAUUGCCAGCUUAACUUUAAAUAAUGGAGAUUUUUAAUAUACAGUGCACUGUUCUCCAGUACUGACAAAUGCAUAUAAUAUUGGAGAAUUCAAAGCAGUAUUUAAGGAAUGCAGUACAAUUGUGUUAUAUUGUUUGGAAUAUGUUCCUUUCUUUCAGCUCUUCAUUUACUGAUUGCUAAAACUGUUUUGGAAGAUUAAAGAGAGAAGAGAAGUUUGUAUUUAGACAAAAGGUAUAUAACUUGAAAAUAUGGUUCAUUUGCAAAAUUAAAGUCUGAGAAAUCUUGAAACCUGCACAAA